AUGAAAAUUCUAGCCAUUGGCGAUAUAUUUGGUAAAACUGGUCGACAAGUCAUUAGAGAUUAUCUUCCUAAGUUGAAAAAAGAGUAUGAAAUAGAUUUGGUUGUUGCUAAUGUUGAAAACGCUACUCAUGGCAAAGGGAUUUCUCGUAGGCAUUAUCAUGAGUUAAAAAGUUAUGGAAUUGAUGUUAUGACUUCUGGGAAUCAUAUUUUUGCUCUUGAGGAAACUAAGAGGUAUAUAAAUGAAGUUUCAGAUUUGCUCCGUCCCCUAAAUUCUAACCCUUAUCAUCCCGGCUCUGGAACUGUUCUAAUAAAUGUGAAGGGUAAAAAAAUUCGUGUUACUAACUUAUUGGGAACCAAUUUUAUGCCAAUUUACGCAGAAAAUCCUUAUUUUGUCCUAGAAAAAUUGCUUAAAAACAAAGACUAUGAUCUUCAUUUAGUCGAUUUUCACGCCGAAACCACUGCUGAAAAAAUCGCUUUAUUGCUUACUGAUGUUGAGUUGCAAAAUAAAUUCAAUUUCUAUCGAGAAAAAAUCCAAGCCGCUGAGAAAAGAUUUCGUGAAAAGGUUUUAGAUAAAUAUUUGGUUCCAGUUUUUGCUUUAGUAAGAGAGGUUAUUUAUCGAAAAACUGGGCUUUUGCUUUUUCCUACUCAAAUAUUUGGCGGAAUAGUUCUCCAUUACGCUAAUAUUGCCCAAAUGAAUACUGGUGAAGGAAAAACUUUAACUGCCUUUUUGCCUAUUUGUCUUAAUGCCUUAUCUGGUCGAAGUGUUUUCGUUAUCACAGUUAAUGAAUACUUGUCGCAACGGGACUGGAGUUUAGCCAAGCCAAUUCUCGACUUCUUCAAACUUAAUUCAGGUGUCAAUUCGGCUAACAUUUCUUCAAAGGAAAAACACGAGUUAUACAACAAUUGCCAUGUCGUAUACACUACUAGUAGUGAAUUAGGAUUUGAUUAUUUACGAAACAAUCUAGUAACCGAUAUCCAGCAAAAAAAUAAACAAGAUUUUUAUUAUGCUAUUAUUGACGAAGUGGACUCAAUUUUAAUUGAUGAAGCCCAAAAUCCUUUAAUCAUUUCUCAGCGCUCUCGUCAAGGAGAAAUUAUUCAUCCUUCUGAAUAUCAAGCAACCACACAUUCAGGAAUUCAUCAAGCUAUCGAAAGUAAGGAAGGAAUACAAGUAACUGCUAAAAGUAAAACUAUUGCUACUAUUACUUAUCAAAACUUUUAUCGGCUCUUUACUAAACUAGCUGGAAUGACCGGUACCGCUGCCACUGAAUCAGAAGAAUUUCGCCAAAUUUACGGCAUGGAGGUUAUCGCAGUACCGCCCUACCGAAAAUUGAUCCGUAAACGUCAACCGAUCCUAAUUGGUUCACCUAGUGUUGAAACCUCUGAAUACCUGUCAGUUUUAUUAGAUAAAGAAAAUAUACCGCAUUACAAACUAAAUGCAGUUAAUCACCAACAAGAGGCUGAAAUAAUUGCUCAAGCAGGUCAGUUAGGUGCUAUCACCAUUUCAACUAAUAUGGCUGGACGAGGAACCGAUAUCAUUUUAAGCGAAGAAAGCAAAAAAGCGGGAGGAUUACUAGUAAUUGGGGUAGAAAGAAACACCAGCCGUCGGAUAGAUAAUCAGUUACGGGGCCGAGCUGGGCGGCAAGGAGAUCCCGGCAAAAGCCAAUUUUAUAUCUCUUUAGAGGACGAAUUAAUAAAGAAUUUUUCGGUGAAAGAAAGCGUAGGAGCAUUUUUUACUUCUCAGCAAUUAAAAGAACUUUUUAGUCACCCGCUAAGUGGAAAAAUAUUUAAUUUCCUCAUCUUUGAGCCCCAAGAAACUCUACGUAGUGUCUAUUCGGCUAAUCGCCAAUAUCACCUUAAUUAUGACUUGCUAAUUACUCGGCAAAGACAGUUUACUUACUCUUAUCGAGAUAAGUUGCUAACCGCCUCUGACUUAACAAAAAUAGUCAAAAGAAAAAAAAGUCAAAAAGUUGAAAUUACUCUCCAAGAACAAGAAUACCUAAAAUUUCUUUUGGUUAAAGAAUUACUGGUAAGAAAAAACCAGGUGAGUUCAGUUCCUCAAGAGUUUACUGAUAAAGAACAUUUAGUUCGGCAAGCAAUUGCCUUGAUUGAAAACACUUUGCAACAAAAUAACGUUUCCAUAAAUCAACUUGAAGCAAGCAAUCGUAAUUAUCAAUUAUUGCUUAAAGAAGCUAAAAGUGAAGCUUCUCUUAAGGCAAUCAAAGAAACUAUCUUAUAA